GCGGGGCCACACCCGGAAGCGGCGAGCGGCGCGGAGGCGGCACCGGCAGCAGCGGGGAUCGGGAGAAACCGCAGCGAUGUCGGAACGGAAAGUGCUGAACAAAUAUUACCCCCCGGACUUUGAUCCGGCCAAGAUCCCGAAGCUGAAGCUCCCCAAGGACCGGCAGUACGUGGUGAGGCUCAUGGCCCCCUUCAACAUGAGGUGCAAGACGUGUGGGGAGUACAUCUACAAGGGCAAGAAGUUCAACGCCCGCAAGGAGACGGUGCAGAACGAGUCCUACCUGGGGCUGCCCAUCUUCCGCUUCUACAUCAAGUGCACGCGCUGCCUGGCUGAGAUCACCUUCAAGACAGACCCUGAGAACACGGAUUACACCAUGGAGCACGGCGCCACCAGGAACUUCCAGGCAGAGAAGCUCCUGGAGGAGGAGGAGAAGAGGAUGCAGAAGGAGAGGGAAGAGGAAGAGCUCAACAAUCCCAUGAAGGUGCUGGAGAACCGAACCAAGGACUCCAAGCUGGAGAUGGAGGUCCUGGAGAACCUGCAGGAGCUGAAGGAGCUCAACCAGCGGCAGGCCAACGUGGAUUUUGAGGCCAUGCUGAAGCAGUACAAGGAGCUGGAGGAGGAGCAGAGGCGCAAGGAGCAGGAGGAGGACGAGCAGGAGAUGAAGGCCAUGCUGGAGCAGGCCCAGAACCGCCGGCUCCUGCAGGACUCCGACUCUGACGAGGAACCGGCAAAACCCCGCGCGAAUCCCGCAGCGCAGGCAAAACCCACAGACAUCCUGCAGGAGGAGCCCCAGCCCCAGAGCAAGAAGCCGAGGACGGAGAGCUGGGAGCGCAGCGUGGGCAAGCUCAGCAGCAGGGCACAGCUGGCCGGGCUGGUGGCCCCCAGGAGGCAGAAGCCAGAUCCUGCCCUGGAUAACGGGAUGGAAACACGAGGCACCACGGCCAGCACUGGCUCACUUCCAGCAGCAGCAGCAGCAGCCACGUCCUCACUGGGAUUAUUGGGAGCCUACUCAGACAGCGAGGACAGUGCCAGUGACUGAGGAGCCAGCAGGGCAGGGACAGGGACAGAGCAGGGACAGGGAUGGGACAGGGACAGAGCAGGGACAGGGAUGGGGCAGGGAUGGGACUGUCCCCCCUCCCUGCAGCCCCACACAGAGCUGGAAGCACAGCCAGGGCCCCACGGGGUCCAAGCCACUGCUGUUCCCACGUCCUGCCCUGCAGCAGCAGCACAGGGAAGGUGUUUUAUCUGCAGCAGGAGUCCUGGAGGAAGCCCCAGCACGGAGAAGGUGUUUUCCCUGCAGGAGGACUCCUGGGGAAGCCCCAGCAGUGUCCAGCAUGUCCCAGCCCUGCUCCCAGGGUGUGUUGGAAGUGCCAGGGCUGGGCAGGACAGGACUCUGCUGUGUCCAUUCUGGGGGUGCCACUGUUCUCACCCCACACUGAUCAUGCCCAGGUCGGGUUUGGGGUGCCCUGAGGGACCUUGGAUCCUUCCCAUGGGGGUGCAGGGGAGGGUGAGUGCUCAGCCCCCCUGCUUCACUUCACCCCCAGCUGUUCCUGUGCCAGGCUGUCUCAGAUCCCACUUUGCACAGACCUGGGGGCUCAUCCAGCCCCCCACUGCGGGGACAGGGCUGUCCUGCCACCACCAGCCCCCCCAGAUGUCCCCAGGAGCUCGGGGACAAACCCCUCCCCACCAUUCUGAGCCUGCUGGGCUGCAGCAGCCACAAGCCUGGAAUAAAUUUGAUCUGGCAGAGCCAGUUGGUUCA